CUCUCUAGUGGUUACAGAGUAGACAACGAAAACAGCAGUCAGUUCAACAACUUUAUCAUGUUACUAAACUAAUUUUAAUUUGAGUAAACAGUAUUACAUGGUGUUGGGGAUUAUCAAUUGGAUGUAGCUUUCUUAUUCUAAGGUAGGACUUUUUCUUCAACAACAAUAACUGAUUCUAUCCAGUUUUAGCGACCUUGGCUUAUUCUAGAUGGUUGUAAGCAGAGUUUUACAAAACGGAAUGAUGAAUAAUUCUAGCUGCAUUUUUGAUAACCUAACUGACGAAAGCCAUAACAAUUUUACGCUACCGCCAUUUAACGUAGGUAUUUCCGUUUCAUUAGUUACUUGUUAUGGAAUCAUUUGUGCAUGUGGACUCUUUGGAAAUGCGCUUGUUAUGUACGUCAUUCUGCGAUCAUCCAACAUGAAGACUGUUACUAACAUGUACAUUGUCAACUUAGCUAUUUCUGAUUUUAUAUUUCUUAUUAGCAUGCCGUUGCUAAUGACGACAACAUGGUUGCGAUUUUGGCUUUUUGGACCAGCAAUGUGCAAGGUAUACAACAUAAUGUAUUCUAUUAACUUAUUCACGGGUAUUUUCACACUAACCGCCUUAAGUGCCGAUAGAUACCUAGCAGUUUGUCACGCAGUUGCCUCCCAAAGAUUCAGAACACCAAUGAAUUCGAUGUUUGCUAUUUUAGGAAUUUGGGCAAUAUCUGUAUUAGUUAUGUUGCCUAUCAUUUUGUACGCCAAUACAGUUCCAAGCUUUCUGUACAAGGAUAAACUGUCGUGCACUAUUUCUUGGCCAAGAAAUCAGAUAGUUCCACCGGAGAAAGCUUAUACUUGGUAUACAUUUAUGCUUGGAUUCGCAGUACCCGUAUCUUUGGUUUCAAUAUUUUACAUUCUUGUUAUAAUUAGAAUACAGAAUCUUGGCCCUGCAAAUCAGCAAAAAUCAUCAGAACGAAGGAAAAAGUCUAAGAAAGUGACAAAAAUGGUACUAACUGUUAUUUCUGUGUAUGUGAUUUGCUGGUUGCCUUACUGGAUAUUUCAGGUACAUUUAACGUUAAAACAAGGCCCAGAAAAACUAGCGCACUGGAAGAUUCUACUAUUCAAUUUAAUGACUGUAAUGACCUUCGCAAAUAGCAUGCUGAAUCCGAUUCUGUAUGCUUUUCUAAGCGAGCACUUCCGGAAAGGUUUCAGGGAAGCCUUUAAAUGCCAGAUUAAUGCGAGCGGAACGAACAAGUCCAUGAUCGAGGAGCAGAGUAACUUUGACAGAAUAAAAGCUAAGACUAAAAUUAAACAAACGAACUUAGAACUGGAUCCCAAAACUGGAAGUUUAAGUCACAGGGUGUUGACGGAAACCUCAAACGUCGUAAGCGGUAAUGGUUUUACGCCUGAAAGUCCGGUCAACCUUUUAAUGAACAACGAAUCACAUGUUUACGACGGAACGGAGUACGAAGUAAAGGGAAAUAACUCUUCAGAUGAAAAUUCUGUGUUGAUAAAUCAAAGUGUAGAAACAACAGAUUUUAAAAAGACAUUAAUAGCUGAGGACGAAAGUGACGACAAAAACUCUGUUACUUACAUAGAUAAGGAAAGUCAAACGAAAUUACAUUAAAGUUCUUACACGUAGACUUUUUAAGUCAAAAUUUCAUUACAAUAACGUUCUAUUCUCCUACCAAACUAGCACUGUAAUUAGUGGGUUUAUCGUAAAAGUGGGACUAAAAUUAAAUUAAACUUUGAUAUAUUACGUUAAAUUGGCAGUCUCAUUCACCAAUGGUAUAAAAACAGAUAAGUCGGUUAAUCUUUAUAAAGAUUAUCUCAAAGCAUAACGACGUCUCAUCUAGCAGAGUAUUUCUACAGUAAUUGUUCUUAUAUGUUCAUUCUUAGACAAAAUGUAAUUAUCACUUUUUUUUUACUCUGAUGAGAAUUUUGUGUUUGUAUUAACCUUAAAACCAACUGAAAUUGACGCAGUAGAAGGCAUACUAUAUUAUAAAGACAUAAUUUUAUAAAUUUAUAAUUAUAUUUUCAUCUAAAAUAAUGAAAUAAGAGGUAACACAACAAGGUGAAUGGAAAAGGGGGGAGGUUCUGUGACGUAUAGAAAUACGAUAAAUCAGACAAAAUCCAUAAUAUGCAAAGUAAGACUAGUUUAUUUGUUUUAUUUAUAAAUACCUUUGAGAUCAAUGAAAAUUGUGUAAUCCGAUUUCGAAAAUCUUGCAUGAAACGAUAUUGAUAAAAAAAUCUAUCAUAAUGUAUAAAUUUUUGAAAACAAUGUUCCUAAUUCGUUAGUUUUUUAUCUUUAUUUCGUGUACAGAGUAGUGAUCGUAAUUCGUUAUCAAGCAGUGAUAUUCUAAUAAAACAUGUACUUAUUUUCUUUUUUGUUUUUCUCCGUUGAUUUCAAGCCUCUCAUAAGCUUUUCGUUUAUAAUCAAAUAUUGAAAAAGUACACACAGUAGUGAUUUUCUUGACAAAAUAAAUAACGACCUCCCUCCUAGACUUUACAAAAUAUUAUUCUUGGCAAAAGCUGAUUUAUGAAUAACAUUAAGUAUAUAUAUUAAAGUAUAUCCCAGUGA